GAGUGGGAACAUCCUGAGAUUUGGCUUUUUGUGGGAAAUGUUAAGAGGGGGAAGGAAGGGAUAGGUGUCAAAAGAUGAGGAUUAGCUCAUCUUUUUGAUGUGAUAUUUGGUUGGGUAGUUUUUAUCCUAUGUGGGGCUUCUUUUUUGGUUCGGUGUUUCUUUGGUGUGUCCUGGCUAAAAAGAUAAUAGUGGUUGCUUCAUGCACUGAACAAUAAAAUCCUGCUUGCUCUUUGUCUAUUGAUGACAGACUUGGAUUCUUCGUACUUGGAAGAGUGAGACUAAAGAGAGCUUCUUUGGGACAUUCUAACGCUCUUUUCUAGUGACCCCUCCAAGUUUGAGGUGGAUUCAGUCUUUUUUUUUUCUUUGUUCUUUACCACAGAGGAAUAAUUCAGUGUUUUCUAGCUUAAGCAAAGGAGUAAAAAGUUAUAGGCUUAACAGAAGAGUUGUAAAGGAAUGUGCAUUCUGGGUUUUGGGGUUUAGAGAUUUUUGUGGACCAGAAAAGUUCUUGGUAAUGUUGUAGGUGAGAGAGAGAGAGAGAGAUCCAUUGAAAAUAGAAAAACAAAGAGAAUAAGAUAAAGAAAUAAGGGAAGGGCGGUGGUGUCAGUUUUGAGCAAGUGGGGUUGUCUUUGGUUUUGAGAAUUAUAUAUGUUUAAGAGUGUGUGUUGCCCAGCUGACCUUUUCAGCCCGGAGUCCUUGCUUUCUGUUACCAACCGAGGAAGCAACCCACUUCUUUAGGGUCUCUUCUCAGUCAAAGUGACCACUUUGCAAAAUCGCACUCUCUCCAUUGAUUCCUUUCUCCCUUUAUGUGGCCUCAUUUUGUGUGAAAGAUUAGGUCAUACUAAGAAAUGCACAUGAUCCAUCCCUUCCAAAGAUUGAAAUUGAGAUAUUUUAACAUUAGGAAGCUUAGUUAGUGGAGAUUUCCUUUAGUGGUGAUUUUGGUACUGAUUUGUGCCACUGGAAUAUUUGUAGAUUUAAGAGGAGGUGAAAUUUUGAGUGUUAGAAAGAGAAGAGGUUUCGAUCUUUCUUUAACAAGAUGAAGUUUAUGAAACUGGGAUCUAAGCCUGAUUCAUUUCAGACUGAUGGAGACAAUAUCAGGUAUGUUGCGACUGAGUUAGCAACUGACAUAGUCGUUAACGUUGGGGAUGUGAAAUUCUAUCUGCAUAAGUUUCCCUUGUUAUCCAGAAGUGCACGUUUGCAGAAGCUGGUUGCAACAUCAAAUGAUGAGAACAGUGAUGAAAUCCACAUUCAGGAUAUACCUGGUGGACCUGCUGCUUUUGAAAUAUGUGCUAAGUUUUGUUAUGGUAUGACAAUCACUCUCAAUGCAUACAAUGUUGUCGCAGCUCGAUGUGCGGCAGAAUACCUUGAGAUGUAUGAAACUGUUGAGAAAGGAAACCUUAUCUAUAAGGUUGAUGUCUUCCUGAAUUCAAGUAUAUGCAGGAGCUGGAAAGAUUCUAUCAUUGUUCUUCAAACAACAAAAUCUCUACUUCCAUGGUCUGAGGAAUUAAAGGUGGUCAGCCAUUGCCUUGAUUCCAUAGCUUCCAAGGCUUCAAUUGAUGCUUCAAAGGUGGAAUGGUCAUACUCCUAUAAUAGGAAAAAGCUCCCAUCAGAGAAUGGAAAUAGUCCACAAUGGAAUGGUGUAAGACAACCACAAAUGGUUCCAACGGACUGGUGGGUAGAAGAUCUCUGUGAGCUUCACACUGAUUUAUACAAGCGUGUGAUAACAACAAUUAAAACAAAAGGCAGAGUUUCUGGUGAUGUAAUUGGAGAAGCCCUAAACGCAUACGCCCUGAGAAGAUUGCCUGGUUUUAGUAAGGGUAUGACCCAGAAUAAUGAUUUCAUAAAGUAUAGGUCAUUGGUGGAGACCAUUCUGUGGCUGCUGCCCACUGAGAAGGGAACUGUUUCUUGUAGCUUCUUGCUUAGAUUAUUAAAAGCAGCAAUUUUGUUGGAUUGUGGAGAAAUGGAAAGGAAUGAGUUGAUGAGGAGAAUUGGUCAGCAGCUUCCAGAGGCAACAGUGACUGAUCUUUUAAUUCAAGCUCCAGCUGGAGAAGCAAUAAUAUAUGAUGUUGACAUAGUUCACAACUUAGUUGAGGAGUUUGUGACUCACGGUUCACAAACUGACCCCACUGAAAAUGAAUUCCAGGAGAGCAGAAGCCCCAAGUUUGGACCAGAUGCUUCUAAAGUGUUGGUAGCAAAGCUAAUUGAUGGUUACCUAGCGGAAAUUGCACGAGAUCCAGAUUUACCUCUUUCAAAAUUUGUCAAUCUUGCUGAAAAUAUAGCAAGCUUCUCAAGACCUUCUCAUGAUGGACUUUACCGUGCCAUAGACAUGUAUCUGAAGGAGCACCCUGGAAUCAGUAAGAGUGAGAGAAAGAGAAUUUGCAGGUUAAUGGACUGCAGGAAGCUGUCAACUGAGGCCUGCAUGCAUGCUGUGCAAAAUGAGAGGCUCCCGUUGCGUGUUGUUGUGCAGGUCCUCUUCUUUGAGCAAGUAAGAGCUACAGUAUCUGCUGGCAAUAGCACGCUUGAUCUUCCAGGGUCCGUUAAAGCCCUUCUUCCUGGAGGGUCUCAUGGCAGCUCAAGGUCCACUACAACUAACACCGAAGAGGAUUGGGAUUCUCUACCAAAAGCUGAGGAUAUCAAGGCUUUGAAAGGGGAGCUUGCUUCUCUAAGAUUAGGCAGCAGUGGCAGCGAUAGAAACGGAAAUGAUGCUGCCAAAAGUGAUGUCGAAAAGGUUGCCGCUAGUAGAAUGAAAGGUUUGGUCAUGUCAAAGAUCUUCUCAAAACUUUGGUCAGGUAAGGAAAGAAAUUGUGAAAUUAGCAGCUCUGAUACAUCAGAGAGCCCUGGAUCAGUUAAUGCAGAAGAAACAAAGUCCACCCCUUCCAGAAGUAGGAGACAUUCACUAUCUUAGUUCAGGAUGCGCUUAGCAGAACUGGAGCAUGCCCUUGUCUGGCUUUAUAAAAUUGUCUCAAAUGACAGUAGGAGAUUAGAACCGACUUUUCUAGCUGGUUUACCACUUGUAUUUUUCAAGCAAAUGGAAUGAGGUUUCUUGAAUAGCCUGGGAAUUGAUUUGUAAGAGAGAUUCACUGCCCACCUUUUGUUCCCUGCGAGGUGGAGGCUCUAGCUUUUUCAUUGUUGCAGCCAGUAAAAAGAAAACAAAAUGAAUGUUUAGGUUGCCAAGUUUCUCAACCAAAGUUGUGGUAUCAUGCAAAAAUAUCCAAUCUAAAACUAAAAAUAGGAUCCCAAUUUGCCAAAAUUCCAAAGUAAUCAAGCCAUCCCUGAAAAAAGGAAAUAUAUUUGCAAAAAUUAAUGAAUAAAAACUAAGCCUGAGCUAGGGCAAGUUUUGGUUUACUGUUGUUACAGUGCACGUUGGUUGAUAUAAACAACUAAGAAAGGUAAGCACAGAUUAUAAUAGGCGGGGCAGUGAAAAGAAGUAAAGCUAUGAAACUAGCUUUCUUAUUCCUGUUCAAUAAAAUACUUUGAGGCAAAUUUCAG